AUGGCCGUAUGGGAAGGGAGAGAGUACAGUGCCGCUCACGAAGACUGGUGGACUGGCACGAAACAAGGUGCAAAUGUGGACGAGUUUGUAAUCGCACGCAUACCACGUGGCAAUGGGAAAUGUCAACGCUUUCCAAUGUUCUUUUUUCCGCUUUCUUUUAUCGCAAAGAACACGAUGAUCGAGUGUCGCAACAUCUUUUUCCCCUGCGACAAUCAUACGUCCUUCACGAUGGUAUGCGGACCUUGA